UUUCUUGUCUCUCUCUCUGUCUCUCUCUGUCUCUGCGCUUCCGUAUCUGGUGGGUGGCAAGAAAGAGGGGAGAGAAACCGUCGGCUGCGAAACGAAAUGCGUGACGAGAAUUAAACCGAGGAGAGCGGUGGUGGUGGGUGAAGAAGGAAAGGAACCGUUACAGAGUCCCUCGCGGUGCGCAGGACAUUUAUGAUCUCAAGCUCUCGCCCUUUUUUUUUUAUAUGUUGUCGCUGCUCUUUCUGGGUGAAAUUUACCGUGAGGACGUCGCUGUUUCCACCGAUAUGGCUUUAAGAUUAUGGGAAACCCGCGUUGCUAUUUCCAGAAUUGAUCUCCAAAAGCACCGCAGACGAUAUGGCGGCGUUGGCAUUGUCCUCUGAGUAAUUCUUGUGAAUAUUUCCGUUCUUUUCGAAACAUAUUGUAUUUGACCAUGGUUUAAUUUUUAGAACGGUGGGAUGCUGUGGGGUCCUGGGUAAUGAGAGAGAAAGAGAGAGAGAGAGAGAGAGGAGAGUAGAAAGACAGCUAGCAAUGAGGCAAGAUUGCUCACCUAACAUAUUUACCCCACAUUACCACCAGUCCCUCCCCCUCUCCCUCCCUCCUUUUUUAAGCCUCUGUUUCUUUCCUCCCUCCCCUUUCAAUCAUCUCUCUCUCUCUCUCUCUCUCUCAUUCUUGGUUGGGCUUCCUCUCCUCCCCCACUACGAGGAGAGCCUGAAGAGGACAAUCCCAGGUUGUCUGAAGCAUUUUGGCCUCUUUCUUCUUAACUCGGAAACUUCCCCUUAAGGAAAAAUUCUCUGAAUUGAGACAAUGACCGGACCCAACUUCAUCGACGAGAUAGACUGCGGCAGCUUCUUCGACGACUUCCUUGACUUCCCCAGCGAGGACGUUGAGGCCGGGCUCCCGGUCGGGAAGCCCGACUCGCUCCCGAGCAUCUGGUCGGCCCAGCCCGAGCCGCUGCCUGGCUCCGACGCGGUCUUCUCCGGCAACAGCAGCUCCAGCCUUUCCGCCGAGCUCUCCGUCCCGUACGAAGAUAUUGUUCAGCUGGAAUGGCUGUCGACCUUUGUGGAGGAGUCCUUCUCUGGAGGGAGCCUCACGAUGAGCAAAGAGCAGGUCUCCAACGGCGGCGGCGGCGGCGGCGGCGGUGGCGGUGGCGGCAGCGGCAACAACACGGACUCCUCGUCCCAGCAGUUCCAGACCUCGAGCCCGGUGUCGGUCCUCGAGAGCAGCAGCUCCUGCUCGGUCGACAACAAGCCCCGGCCGCCCAGCCCCGAGGCCAUCAACCCGGCCCGGUGCGGCAGGGCGCGCAGCAAGCGGCCCCGGCCAGCGAAUUUCAAUCCCCGCCCAGCGAUCCAGCUCGCUCCCCAGCAGUCCUCCGACGUUGCGGAGAACGAGCCUGGCUCUGAGAACAGCGAGGAGUCGAAUUGCCUGCCGGUCAUCAAGGCCCCGAAGAAGCAGGCCAGUGGCGGCGCUGAGCCUAAGAAGAAGAAGAAGAUCAAGUUCACCAUGCCUCCGGCACCGCCUGCCGAGGCCGAUCAGGGGCUGCCGCAGCAGGCGGUUCGCAAGUGCCUGCACUGCGAGAUAACCAAGACCCCGCAGUGGAGGGCCGGCCCGCUGGGCCCGAAGACCCUCUGCAAUGCCUGCGGCGUCCGGUAUAAGUCAGGCAGGCUGUACCCCGAGUACCGGCCGGCGGCGAGCCCGACUUUCAUCCCGUCCCUGCACUCGAACUCUCACAAAAAGGUGCUCGAGAUGAGGACCAAGACCACCGACAAUGCCGACGACUCCGGGACCGCCUCGGCAGCGACCGACUCACUCGAGCUGAUCCCGAACAUGUCCGGUUGGAUUACAUGUGAGGAUUAGGGGAAGAGGAUUCGGAAAGACUUUGCUUCUCGAUGAGAACUCAGAGCAUCUCCAUUUUCGACGUCAAGCCGUGCUUACUUGGUUGAUCAUUGAUCAGAAUUCUUUGCUUCGUUGGGGUUUUUUUUUUGUUUCUUGUACAGGGGACGGGCCGGGGCGUUAUAGAGAGAUAGAUGAAUGAGAUUAUUAGUCAUUAGAGAACUAUAAUGGGAGAUUUGGGAGAAAGGUUAGUGAGAAGUUGGGGAGCAAAUUAAGUUUUAAGGGUAGACCUUUAAUCUAGUCAUUACUAUUGGUAGGUCUCAAGGAUAAUUAGAGUAAAUUGCUAUUCGAAGAACCCUGUGUUGUUUUGAUGUUUUUCCUUCUUCUGGGUUAUUCUGUUCUUGAUUUUCCUGAUAAUGGGGAAACUCUUUUUGCAGUUCAUUUUGUAGUGGAAAAGUUGUUUAGACCAGAAGAGAAUUUUUUUUUUUGAGUCA